UUUCCCUGUUCAACAUGGCGCCGGGAAAGUAAGACUUUUUGCUAAUGUAACACACUUCAUCCAAAGUUGGCUCGCUCGUGCUUUUUUAGGCACGAUAAAGUUUACCAACACCCCGCGGACUCUACGGGAAAAGUUCCUCUCGGUCUUUCUGGAUCUGAUGCUGGUUUGCAGCCGCCGCCAUCAUGUUCUCCAAAAAGAAGAAAAGUCGAAUCCAGAUCUCUGACCCGUCUAACUUUGAGCACCGCGUUCACACGGACUUCGACGCCCAGGAGCAGAAGUUCGUGGGGCUGCCGCGACAAUGGCAGUCGCUCAUUGAAGACACAGCCAAAAGGCCCAAACCCUUCAUCGAUGCCACCGUCAUCACCACUGUAGAGCCCAGGAAGACGAUCGUUCGCGGCAGCAAGCUGGGCGCAGACAGCUCCUUAACGUGGCUGCUGGAUGAGUUUGACACCAUGUCUGUGACCCGGUCCAACUCACUGCGGCGAGGCAGCCCCGACCAGCCCCGGAGGGACUCCAGCUCGUCAGGCGGAGGCGGACAGGAGAACGGAGAUCCUCACCACAGACACUACUCCCACCCAGAUAGGGACCGACCCAGGCAGGAGCACCAACCCGGAGCCGACCCCCGUCACGGUCAUCGAGCAGUCCGUCCCUCGCCGAGGGAUGAGGAAAUCCAGGGCCGACCCCAGCAGCAACCUCGGGGCCAGGAGCCCAGCAAGGCCCAAAGAGAGAGGACUGGGUCAGGCCAGCCUCCCCCUCCCCCUCACAGAAACAGGGACCAUCGAGACCGGGACCAGGAGCCGGCGGUCCGCAGAGAUCAGCCCGAGGACCUCAGGCCAAAGUCCAGCUACGUCCCUCGGGAGGGCAGCCCUCAGUCUCCCAGGGACAAGAGGCCCCUCUCAGGACCCAACAUCCGAACCCCAAACCUGCCGAUAACUGAAGGGGUGAUGAAGACGGCGCAGCAGAACACCCGGCCGUUCAACACGUACCCGAGGACAGACAGCGACGGAGGACGCAGCCCCACAGGACAGGUGGUCCGACACCAUGAAUCCUCCCCUCAGAACGGACCCUCCAGCGGUUCUACCCGCGGCUCCUCCAGCUCCAAGCACCCAGCCCACCAGCAGCCCCAUCACAGCUCCCACCCCAGCCUGACCCCCGAGACCGCCCAGUACCCGCACACCCCUCACCCCAGCGUUCCCGCCCCGCGGCCCCCGGCCCCCGCCGCACCCGCGGGAUCAUCAGGGGCCCCUCCUCAGGGUCACUCCCCGCAGAGGGAGCCUCAGAGGGUCUCCCACGAGCAGUUCAGAGCGGCGCUGCAGAUGGUGGUGGAUCCCGGCGACCCGCGGACCUACCUGGACCACUACAUAAAGAUAGGCGAGGGGUCCACGGGGAUCGUCUGCAUCGCCACGGUGAAGACCACCGGGAAGCUGGUGGCUGUGAAGAAGAUGGACCUGAGAAAACAGCAGCGCAGAGAGCUUCUCUUCAACGAGGUGGUGAUCAUGCGGGACUAUCACCAUGAGAACGUGGUGGAGAUGUACAACAGUUACCUGGUGGGAGACGAACUCUGGGUCGUCAUGGAGUUCCUGGAGGGCGGAGCUCUCACUGACAUCGUGACGCACACCAGGAUGAACGAGGAGCAGAUCGCCACGGUGUGUCUGUCUGUCCUGAAGGCGCUGUCCGUCCUACACGCCAAGGGGGUGAUCCACAGGGACAUCAAGAGCGACUCCAUCCUCCUCACGCACGACGGCCGGGUGAAGCUAUCAGACUUUGGAUUCUGCGCUCAGGUGUCGAAGGAAGUGCAAAGGAGGAAAUCUCUGGUCGGGACGCCAUACUGGAUGGCGCCGGAACUCAUAUCCAGACUCCCGUAUGGACCGGAGGUGGACAUCUGGUCUCUGGGCAUCAUGGUCAUAGAGAUGGUGGACGGCGAGCCGCCGUACUUCAACGAGCCGCCGCUCAAAGCCAUGAAGAUGAUCCGAGACAACCUGCCGCCCAAACUGAAGAACCUGCACAAGGUGUCCCCCGUCCUCAAAGGCUUCCUGGACCGGAUGUUGGUGCGGGAGCCGGGUCAGAGGGCCACGGCCAACGAGCUCCUCAAACACCCCUUCCUGCAGAAGGCCGGCCCGCCGUCCUGCAUCGUCCCCCUGAUGCGUCAGAACCGGAUGAGAUGAGACGAACCGAGACACUAAAGACCUCCGGACUCUGAAGGAGCAGAAUCCUCUCGCUCAGUCGCAAAAUUUAAAAAAGAAAUAGCCGCGUGGGAGGAUUCUCUGGAUCUUACGUGAGUCACUGAACUGUGGGGAGGGUUCCCCUAAAAACGAGGCAAUAAGAUGGUGUGUGUGUGUUGUGUGUGUGAGUGUGUGUGUGUGUUUUCUAAAGGGGCAUCAGCUGGAUUUUGUGAAGGGUGGGGGGUGGGGGGUUGCACACAAUUCGGAUGAUCUGAAGGCGACGGAGAAACUUUUUCGGACAAUCUGCAGACUUUUCUUUCCACUACAGAGGUUUGUGAAUGACACAUCUGGAUCAUCCCGGCUGAGGAGUUACUACUAAAAGAGGUGACCUUUGACCUCGUCACAAUCCUACUUUUCCUUUCUGUAAACAAACAACGUGAAGAUGUAAACACUGGAGUCGUGGUAGCAGACGAGCGUCUCACCUUUUUUCUUUUUUUCUUGAUUUAAGUGCAGUGAACAUAUAGAGAUGCCAGUUUUCUGUUUUGUGUUUUUUAUAAUUUGUUUUAGUUUAGUGAGACCUUUUGACUUUUUUAAGCACUGAUGAUGAGAGAUGCGUAGAAACUGCACACUUGCUUCAUUUCAGAUCAGCACAGAAUCGACGCUAAACGUUUAAUUUAGUUUUUUGUUUUGUAUUUUUGUAAAUCUUCUGACAUUAACCACACGACUGUACACUAAAUCCAAACGAGUUAAUUCCCUGAUUUAUUACUUUACCUGCUGGUUUGCGCUGUAGUAUUUUUUAGACAUGUAGAACAUUUUUGGUUAUUAAUUUAAUUGUUUUAACGUAGAUCAUGAACUUUAAAAGCAAACCGAGCUUUUUACUAAAGUUUUUAUUUUGUGUGUUCUUUGUUGUUUUUUUGUUUUGUUUUGUUUUGUUUUUUUUAUAACCGUUCAGGAGUUGUUUUACUGUUACACUGAUGCGUUGCUCAGAUUAACGGCUCGUCAAAUUAAUGCCUCGUUUGCGGCAACACGAAACCUCCAGCUCUGGAGCUCAGUCAGCAGAAAUUAAAGCAGAUUUUCUGGUGUUCUGCUGCUGGGAUUAGGCAGAUUUAACACGCUCACGAGACAGGAAACGGGCUUAAAUUAGAGGUAGAAAUGUGCCAAUUUUUAUAUAAUGGUUCUGAAAGACGAGCCGUGAUUAGAAGACUUUAUUUUUAGGUCCAAAGUGCAAAAAAAGCUGCCGGAAACCAGUGAAUUUUAUUUGUUUUAUGGUAACGCACAGGAUGAUCUGUAUCAGCUAAAAAAUAACAUUCCUCUUUAACAUUUGAUUCCAGCGAAUGUGUUGACUCAUUUAUCGUUUUCAUUCCUCUGAAAUCUUCCAGUUCAUACUUUUUUUUUUUUUUUACCACAACAGCUUCUCACCGAACGGCUCCCAGCUCCCUCGUGGUCGCAGGCUCUUGCGACUCCAUUCCGGGUCUCGAGGAGCUGGAGUUUUCAGUUUGAAAGCAGCAGCGAGACGGGCAAAUAAAAGCCGAGUCUUUAACUUGUCUCCAUUUAGUCCACGUUAAAUCCGGAGUACUGGAGCGACUCUGGCGAAAAACAUGAGGUUGUUUAGCAAAAUAAUGUGCGCGACCAGGAAUACAGAUUUGUGCAAAAAUAAGCUUUCACUUUCAAGCAUUGGUUGCUUAAAACUCAGUUUCGUUUUUGACACUUUGCAAUUACUGCAGUUAGUGCUGUGUGAUGACGUAUCUUUGUUUACAAAACACUGUCACUAUCAGGCACACAUGAGGCCAACGGCGGUACAAGAAAAGACAGAAAAUGUGGAGCCGGGCCACAACGUCAGCUUGAUGCUAAUGCAGUUAUCUAUUUAUUGUCAUAUUAACUGUACUUGGAUAAAUGACACGAUUAACUGUGAUUAAAAAAAUGCCAAUAUUGCCCAAUCCUACUUAAAACCGAAGCUCUUUUGCAUCAAGGAUAAAAACAAAAUGAGGUCCUAAGAAAUGGUUUAGAUGUAAAUCAGUAAACCAGCUGAUGGAUUUUAGACAAAAACAAUCAACCAGACACGUCUGGAUAUUUAAUUAAUUACUAUGUAGGGAAAGUUGUGCUCUUCCAAAAAGUAUUUUUAAAUGUUUGAGUUCUUCUAAGAGUUGUAAGUUGAGUUAAGUUACAUUUAGUUGAAAGGUGAAGUCACCCCAACCUGAUGUACCUCGGUGCCGCGAAGCAAGGCAGCAGAGCCGAAACAAAACAAAACCCCUGAACCGAGUGAACUCCUGUUUUAAAACCAGCUCGUCACUUAUUUAAUGCACUUCCUUUCUGGAAACUCACGUCUGAGCGGGACGUGACCGUCUCUGUGAUUCAUGAAGAAGCUUGUUGACGGAAGAGCUGCGUCACAAAGCCAAAGAAAGUUAACUGGAUCACAAACACGUUAAAAAAAAUCUCCUUUUAUCUUUCAUUUUUGGUCAGCCCGUCUGCGACGAUCAGCCGAGUGAGAAACGACCUUUAAGCUCUUAACGUCAUCAAACAGGAAACUGUAAGUCGUAGCUGUAUUUGGUGUAGCUCAUUCACCGGACCUCGUCUUGUUUUUUUUCCCACACGCAGCCGAAGCUGCUCCCUGGAACAAUUUAUACAAGAAACAACCAAACUACAAGUUCUUGUAAAACAAAGAUUUUCUCAAAUCAGGAUUUAGUUCUUAAUCCGUGUUUGUUUGAUGGUUUCUGUGAGGUUUAAUGUUUUAUGACUACAGUUAUCCCUGCUGCAUUGGGACUUGAAAAAAAAAAUCACCUUUUUGUCAGGUAAAGUUCUAUUUCUUAAUCAUCAAACUUCUGCUUUACUUUAAUAAUUGCUGCAGAAAAUUCAAUCUAAUCCCUGAAAAGUAAAAUAUCAGAUAUUUUUUGUGCCCAGGCCUGAGCUGGCAGCCGUAAUCCUCCGCUCCUCUGAUACGUUUUCGUAUUUCCAAAACAUUUAUUUUUUAAAAUUAUUUAUUAUUUUUUCCCUGCAGAUAUCGGUCGUAGGCGUUUCUGGUUUUCUGCCUCCUUGGCAGUGAUCCAGGCUGUAAAUUUUCCUCAUCGGGUUCUGAAUCUGCGCUGUGGUCGGAUGUGGAGCGGGGCCGGUAAUGAGUCACAGAGAGCUGAGAUAUUUUCAUCUGACUUCCUGGUUCUAAUCAGAAACACGAGCAGAAUGAGAAAAUAAAAUAGGACGACGGGACGAGCGACAAUCAAUUUAAAGUUUUUUUUUUUAUCUUCAUCGCCAAACUUUUAAUUCUUUCAUCUAAAACUUGGAUUCUGAGCGUUUUGGUGACUUUCUGUUCAUUAAUGUGAAAAUCUUUUUGUCUCUUAUUUGUGCUUUUAAACCAUUUUCUACAACUUUGUGUUUUUUUUCUGUGAAUUUCUAAGUUUUAUUUUAAGUUUUUGAAGCAGCUUAACAGAUCUGAGAUGAAUUUAAAGUAAAGACUUGAUUUACGUUACUUCAGUUUGUUUUAUUUAAAUUUCUCAUCAUUUUGGUUGAAUUUCUCUGGAAACUAAAAGAAACUAAUUAUUUUAAAUCAGUAACCACUGUUCUGGUUCAGAUGUUUUUGGUACUGGUCUCUUCUGCAGGAUCUACUCUGAACAUCUGAAGUUUUAUUUAAAAAAAACUCACCUCUUGUUUUAAAACUUUAUUUUUGUUAAGCUUGUUGCAAUAUUUACGUUUUUAAACAUCCAAGCAUCGUGUUUCUGUAAAUUUUAUUGUAUUGUACAAAACAUAAACUUCACUUUUAAAGUUUUA